AUGAAGUACCUUACCUUCCUUGCCUCUCUGGCAGCCAUCGCCAACGCCGUUCCUGUGGCAGAUAAUGUUGUCCAAGCCGAUUCCAAGGAUGUCUGCUUCUUUGGAAGCUCGACUUGCACCCCCCCUACGCCGGUAAUGACUAUCGACAUCUCUCAGCUGCCCGAGGUCCCGGUUGCCCCCGUCGCGCGCGAUCUCAACAAACGCGUUCCCAUGCGGGAAGGGUACUGGUACAGUCUCUCCGGAUGGGUCUUCAGCGUCGGGCAGAUCUUCGUCAAGGAGUUCAGAGACUCCAGCUGGCGCUUCGACAAAGAGGAGGGCGCAAAGGCCUACCUCGCGACGCAGUUCGCAAACUCCGUUACCAACAUCUUCGGAGAGAAUGCGACCACCAGGCAGAGCCUAUCCGGCGGCUGGUCUUGGUUCGCCACUGCCUACCAGGGGUACGAGUUUAAGGAUAUGCCUUGGGACGUGGCUUAUAGGAUGAUGAGUGAAGCUAUUGAAUCUGCCACCGACUGGAUCACCAGCGAUAACUAUGUCACUUGGUCGAUGUAUGAUACUGCUGGAAAUAUCAUCUACAAGUUCGCUGUCUUUCCUACGGACUCGAGCUUGCAGAAUCCCGUCAACGAGCACGAGGAGUUCUAG